CUACAAUAUUCGGGAAAAUAAUAUGAUAUUAUGAUGUCAGUUGUCAAAUUACGCAGCUAUGUAGUAGACUCGCAUCGUAUUCCUCUCUCAUAUAAAUUUUCAUAUCUUGACUAGAUAGUAAAUAAAUCAUGGUAUACUAGCAUGUGAUCAUAGUUUCUCUUCCAAAUCGGGCCGUCAAAUCACCCAUUUGAUUUAAAUACUCUUGAUAACUUACUUUUAAAAUUAUAAGCAUGCAUGAUUAAGCUUAGAUAAUCUAUUUUUUCAAAGUUCUUAAAUAUUUAUAUUUAUACAAAUGACUAAUCAUGUACACUCUUCAAUUCAGUCCAGCAUAUCCUUUUCCGUGUUAUUUUUGUCUAAUCAGGAUGACAAUGAUCUUUGACCAAAGGUUGGUUACUGACAACAAACUAAUCAAAACAUGCAACCCAACCAUUGUUAAUUGAUUCAAUCAUUUAUGUUUUGUUAGAAGGAAAAAAAUGUUAUAAUUAUGUAUACUUAAGGAAAAUAUGCAAAUGCUUCAAAAGGUAAAUAAAUACAAUAGAAAUGAGAAAAAAAGCAAGCAAAUGAGUUAUCAAAAAGGUAAAAGAAGAAAAUUUGGACAAGUCAACUGGAUUUUUCUAGCACGAGUGUCUUGUACCAUAUCAAUUCUCCAUUGAAUAAUAACCACUUAUCAUUUUCUCACUUUAUCAGCACAAAGAAAAAUACAAAAAAAAAAAAAACAGACCACAACAGAGAAAAUCACACUCUUUAUAUAAGUUUAUAUUUGUUGUUCAGUCUCCUCAUCUAACACUUUAAACUAAAACUUACACACACAAAAUAAAAAAGAAUGGAAGGAGGAAUACAUGGAGGGGCAGAUAAAUCAGCUUUCAGAGAAUGUUUUUCUCUAACAUGGAAGAACCCUUAUGUUCUUCGUCUUGCUUUCUCCGCAGGAAUCGGUGGUCUUCUCUUUGGCUACGAUACCGGAGUUAUAUCAGGAGCUCUGCUUUAUAUCAAAGAAGAUUUCAAGACUGUUGACCGGGAAACUUGGUUACAGGAAAUGAUAGUGAGCAUGGCGGUUGCUGGAGCCAUCGUUGGAGCAGCCAUCGGAGGUUGGGCCAAUGACAAAUUCGGGAGGAGAAGCGCCAUUCUCAUGGCGGAUUUCCUCUUCCUAAUAGGAGCUAUCAUUAUGGCUGUCGCUCCUAACCCGUCCCUCAUUGUCGUUGGCCGUGUUUUUGUGGGCCUUGGGGUCGGUAUGGCUUCGAUGACCGCCCCGCUCUACAUAUCAGAAGCUUCUCCAGCUAAGAUCAGAGGAGCUUUGGUCAGUACCAAUGGGUUUCUUAUCACCGGAGGACAAUUCGUGUCUUACCUCAUUAACUUAGCCUUCACCGACGUGAAAGGAACAUGGAGGUGGAUGCUUGGAAUCGCGGGAGUUCCAGCCCUUUUGCAGUUCAUCUUAAUGUUUACACUCCCUGAAUCACCUCGUUGGUUAUACCGCAAGGGAAGAGAAGAAGAGGCUAAAGCAAUCAUGAGAAGAAUAUACUCAGCAGAAGAUGUAGAACACGAGAUUAGAGCACUAAAAGACUCAGUUGAAUCAGAGAUAUUCGAAGAAGGAUCUUCCGAGAAAAUCAACAUUACCAAACUAUGCAAAACCAAAACCGUUAGACGAGGACUAAUAGCUGGUGUUGGUCUCCAAGUGUUUCAGCAGUUCGUUGGUAUCAACACUGUUAUGUAUUAUAGUCCCACCAUUUUCCAGCUGGCCGGUUUUGCUUCAAACAGAACAGCUAUUCUCUUGUCUCUAGUUACCGCAGGACUUAACGCAUUUGGUUCCAUCAUUAGCAUUUACCUCAUCGAUAGAACCGGAAGGAAAAAGCUUUUGAUCAUUAGUCUUUUUGGAGUCAUUGUCUCUCUUGGAUUGCUAACUGGUGUUUUCUAUGAAGUGACUACUCAUGCUCCUGCGAUUAGCUCCCUCGAGACACAAAGGUUCAAUAACGUUACUUGUCCGGAUUACAACUCAUCUUUGAAAGCACAAACUUGGGAUUGUAUGACUUGUUUGAAAGCUUCUUCUCCUUCUUGUGGGUUUUGUUCAUCUCCCAGUGGAAAGGAACAUCCUGGGGCUUGUUGGGUCUCUAAUGAUUCGGUUAAGGACUUAUGUCAUAAUGAAAACCGGCUUUGGUACACAAGAGGAUGUCCUAGUAAUUUUGGUUGGUUUGCUCUUCUUGGAUUGGGACUUUAUAUCAUUUUCUUCUCUCCGGGGAUGGGGACUGUUCCAUGGAUAGUUAACUCAGAGAUUUAUCCAUUGAGAUUCAGAGGAAUCUGUGGAGGAAUAGCUGCAACUGCAAAUUGGAUAUCAAAUUUAAUUGUAGCUCAGUCUUUCUUGUCUUUGACUGAAGCUAUUGGGACUUCUUGGACUUUCCUCAUGUUUGGAGUGAUCUCAGUCAUUGCUCUUCUCUUUGUUGUGGUGUGUGUUCCGGAGACAAAAGGAAUGCCAAUGGAGGAGAUUGAGAAGAUGCUUGAGGGAAGAUCUCUUCAUUUCAAGUUCUGGAAGAAAAGAUCACAGCCCGUUGAGAAAGGAAACCAAACUGCAUAAGAGAACUCGAUCUUUAAAGAUUUCAUUAGUAAUAUAAAUAAGAAAUCACAUUAGACUUGUAACUUUGUAUAUGAAACUUGAUAGUGACAGUUACGUGAUCCCCUCUCUACCAUAAAAAUACUUUUAUGAGUCAAA